CAGACCUGUUUUGUUUCACUUCCUGGUCGCAGUGUGUGACCUUGGUUGGGUGUCGGGCAAGAUGGCGGCUUUGGUGAAAGUGGGAGCUCUGUGCAGGGCAGGCAGAGCUUUUCCCUUUAGUAAAUCUUUGCUGAUAAGACCGGCAGUGUUUUUGCCACAAGACAGAACUUCAUUACAAGCAGCCCCAGUCCAAGUGUCCCAAAGUCGUCAUGCCUCCUCCAAAGCAGCCUCCCUCCACUGGACUGCCGAGCGAGCAGUGAGCGUGGUUCUCCUAGGCCUUCUACCCGCAGCUUAUCUGUAUCCUGGAGCUGCGGUGGACUAUUCACUGGCGGCAGCCCUCACCCUGCACGGACACUGGGGUCUUGGGCAGGUGCUGACUGACUACGUGCAUGGCGAUGCGAAAAUUAAGCUGGCCAACACCGGACUGCUGGCGCUCUCAUCCUUAACGUUUGCUGGUCUUUGCUAUUUCAACUACCACGAUGUGGGGAUCUGCAAAGCAGUUGCAAUGCUGUGGAGCCUGUGAGGGCUCUGCAGAUGAAUGUAUAUCCGCUCUUGUAUUUUAUGCUUCCGACGGAUAAGACAAGGAGGCGGCAGCAGCGAGAAGAUGGAUGAAGACAUGACAAUUUGCUGCCCACAGUACUGUACAUGCCGUCCAGAUUGGUUUGUACCAGAGCUCCACGUGUGAUUCAUAAAAGUGCUUAACACAGCCAUUUACCGUAUUGGAUAUGUUUUAUAAUAUCCGAAGAGACGCAGGCUAUCCGCAAUCAUCCGGGAUUAGUUAAUCUACAGUUCAUUCUUGCUUAAAUUUUGGGUUAACGUGUCACGUAUUCCAGUUACUGUGGUUUAAUUCUUGAUCUGCCAGACUGCUCAGCCUAAUUUCACGUCUUCCAGAUGGCGAAGGCAUCCCAGUCUGGUUAUAGAGGUACACUAAUCAUUAUCUCAUUUUGCGUUAAAAAAACAAAAAAACAUUAAACUGAAUGAAGGUCACAUGAACGAACAAUGACGUUUGUUUAGUGCUUGAAAUAAAUAAAAUACCCCAAAAA